UCGGAACAAAGAGAAAUCAAAGUUGAACAAAUCACUUUGCUGAUAUGCAAAUUCAGACUAAUUUAGGUAACAAUCGUUUUCCCUUCGUUGGCACAUUUUGUUUAAAAUAAAUACUUUCCCCCGCUGCAGGGCGGACAAGGAGCUUCAGCGGAGCAAACAUGGGCAAGAUCACAUUUUUUGAAGAGAAAAACUUCCAAGGCCGCUGCUAUGAGACCAGCGGUGACUGCACAGACCUGCUCUCUUUCUUCACCCGCUGUAACUCUGUCCGGGUGGAGAGUGGCUCAUGGGUGCUGUAUGAAAAACCGAACUACAAGGGUUACCAGUACGUCCUGAGCCCCGGCGACUAUGCUGACCACCAGCAGUGGAUGGGCCUCAGCGACAGCAUUCGAUCCUGCCGCUGCAUCAAGAACGUCUAUGGGAACGCAUGGAGGCUGAGACUGUACGAAAGGCCAGAUUUCGGAGGUCAGAUGGUGGAGUGCACUGAGGAUUGCCCUUCCGUCCAGGAGGCCUUCAAGUUUCGGGAGGUCUUCUCCUGUGUGGUGCUGCAGGGUGCCUGGGUUUUCUACGAGCUGCCAGGCUACAGGGGUCGGCAGUACUUUGUGGAGCGCGGGGACUACAGGAAAUACACUGACUGGAAAGCGGUCAGUUCCGCGCUGGGCUCCUUCCACAGAAUCACAGAGUUUUAGGAAGGAUUACCUCACCUGACCAUUGGCUUCACCAACAGCUUGACAACAAUCAAAGCAAUAAAGCGGGAGCUUCAGUCGAACUUGUUUGUUAUGACUGAUCAUUCAGUUGUCCGUGCAAACAAAGGUAAAGACAGCUCAAUAAAAGAAGCUCCUUAAAAAAUUCAAUGACUCACUAAAUCGCAAAUAAAGUCCAAAAUCUUUCAU